AUGGAAUUCAUCCAGAAAGAAUACUGGAAAAGGGGUUACUCAGAGGUCAUGUCACCAAAUAUAUACAACAUGGAACUAUGGGAAACAUCCGGACAUGCUGCAAACUACAAGGAAAAUAUGUUUACAUUUGAUAUUGAUAAACAAGAAUUCGGGCUCAAACCUAUGAACUGCCCUGGUCACUGCUUGAUGUUCGAAGACGGAGCUCACUCAUAUAAAGAAUUACCCAUAAGACUGGCUGACUUUGGAGUGUUACAUCGAAAUGAGGCAAGUGGAGCUCUUAGUGGGUUGACCCGUGUCCGACGCUUCCAACAGGAUGAUGCACACAUAUUCUGUACAGAGAAACAGGUUAAAGAAGAAGUGAAAGGUGUGUUGGAUUUCGUUGACUAUGUCUACACAAUAUUUGGCUUUACCUAUGAGCUAAAGCUUUCAACGAGGCCAGACAAGUACCUUGGGGAUUUGGAAACAUGGGAUAGAGCUGAAGACUCUCUUAAAGAAGCUCUCUUAGAAUCUGGAAAGCCAUUCGAUGAGAACAAAGGAGACGGUGCAUUUUAUGGCCCAAAGAUAGACAUAACAGUUUCCGAUGCAAUGAAGAGGAAAUUCCAAUGUGCUACUUUACAGCUUGAUUUUCAACUACCGGCUCGCUUCAAACUGGAAUACAAAGCUAAGGAUGAAGGGAAAAAGGAGAGACCAGUGAUGAUACAUAGAGCGGUGUUGGGAUCUGUUGAGCGUAUGUUUGCCAUAUUGUUGGAGCAUUACAAAGGAAAAUGGCCCUUCUGGCUUAGUCCGCGCCAGGCCAUAGUUUGCUCUUACUCAAACAAUAAAGAUAUUCUUGAAUACGCAGAAAAGGUUCAAAAACAAAUUGAUGAAGCUGGGUACUAUGUUGAUGUUGACAAAAGUGACAGACACGUGCGUAAAAAGGUGGCAGAAGCUCAGGCUAAAACGUACAACUACAUACUGGUCGUAGGUCCCAAAGAGGCUACAACCGGCCAGGUGGCUGUUCGGCUCAGAGAGGACCCUCCAGGCAGUAAACCGGUGAUUAUGAGCAUCAACAGUUUGCUGGAUAGAUUCGAGCUCAAGACUGCCAACUUUCUCUAA